AUGGGAUCAAUGAAGGGAGCAAAGUUCGAUUCAUUGAUCUCACUGAGUCGACUCAGAUCGAUUCAGGCGUUGUUGGGUCUCUUGUUUUUGUAUCUACUAUUGGUGAGCUUUGAGAUUCCGUUAGUUUUGAGAACUGGGCUCGGGUUGGAGUCAUCUGAGGUCCAGUCCACUGAAAUCCUCAUCUCCCAUCCAAUUAUCAGAAGCGUAAAUGAUAACCAGUUUUCGAGAAAGGAGAAGGAGAAACAGGUUUUCCGGUUACCGGAGCGGAAGAUGGGCGAACAUAAGAAUAUUUCUGGCCUCAUUUUCGACGAAAAUGCGUUUAAUAAUAGCGUCAGUAAGGAUGCAAUCUCGGAGUUGCAUAGAGCAGCCAGGGACGCGUUUGUGCUGGGAAAGAAAAUUCUAGAGGAAUGCGAGUCGGGGAAAACCCGGGCCGCGGUAGAGAACCGGACGAUGAAGAUGGCCGCGGAGCCGUGCCCGAACUCUGUGUUUGUGUCUAGGGAGGACUUUUUGAAGAAGGAGAAUUUGAUGUUGAUACCGUGCGGGUUGUCUUUGGGCUCCCACAUAACAGUGGUGGGGAUGCCGCGGUGGGCCCGUGUGGAGAGCGAGUCAAGGAUCGGUCAGGUGAAAGAGGACGGGGAGAGCGUGAUGGUGUCGCAGUUCAUGAUGGAGUUGCAGGGACUGAAGUCUGUGGAUGGUGAGGACCCUCCGAAGAUACUGCAUUUUAACCCACGGAUUAAAGGGGAUUGGAGUGGCCGGCCGGUGAUUGAGCUGAAUACAUGUUAUCGGAUGCAGUGGGGAUCUGCACACCGGUGUGAGGGGUGGAGGUCCAGGGCCGAUGAGGAAACUGUUGAUGGACAGGUGAAAUGUGCAAAGUGGAUACUCGACAAUAAUAGUCGCUCUGAAGAAUCAAAGGCCACAUGGUGGUUGACAAGGCUGAUUGGGAGGACAAAGAAGGUUACGGUUGAUUGGCCAUACCCUUUUGUUGAGGGCAAGUUGUUUGUUCUUUCACUCAGUGCUGGGUUGGAAGGGUAUCAUAUUAAUGUAGAUGGGAGGCAUGUCUCUUCAUUUCCUUAUAGGCCUGGUUUUACUGUUGAGGAUGCCACAGGUCUGUUUCUAAAUGGGGAUGUUGACGUGCAUUCUAUUUUUGCUGCUGCAUUACCCACAUCGCAUCCAAGUUUUGCUCCACAGAGGAAUUUGGAGCUCUCAACAAAGUGGCAAGCCCCACCUCUUCCCAUUGGACCAGUGGAGUUAUUUAUUGGCAUCCUUUCUGCAGGCAAUCAUUUUGCUGAGAGAAUGGCAGUUAGAAAGUCCUGGAUGCAGCAAGGAGCAGUAAAGUCGUCAAAUUUUGUUGCUCGUUUUUUUGUAGCAAUGCAUGCAAGAAAGGAAGUGAAUGUGGAGCUUAUGAAAGAAGCAGAGUUUUUUGGCGAUAUUGUUAUAGUACCUUACAUGGAUAAUUACGACCUAGUCGUACUGAAGACUGUUGCAAUUUGCGAGUAUGGGGUACACACGCUGGCUGCAAAGUACAUUAUGAAGUGCGAUGAUGAUACCUUUGUAAGGCUAGAUGCAGUGAUGAACGAAGUGAAAAAAGCCCCAACUGGUAGAGGUUUGUACAUUGGAAAUAUCAAUUACUAUCACAAGCCCUUACGGCAUGGUAAAUGGGCAGUUACAUAUGAGGAAUGGCCAGAAGAGGACUAUCCGCCCUAUGCUAAUGGACCUGGUUAUAUUGUGUCGUCUGACAUAGCACAGUACAUUGUAUCCGAUUUCGAGAAACAUAAACUCAGAUUAUUUAAAAUGGAAGAUGUUAGCAUGGGAAUGUGGAUAGAAAAAUACAACAGGUCAACACCAGUCCAGUACGUGCACAGCUUGAAGUUCUGUCAGUUUGGAUGCAUUGAAGGUUAUUUUACAGCACACUACCAAUCUCCUAGACAGAUGAUCUGCUUAUGGAAGAAAUUGCAGCAUCAAGGAAAACCAGACUGCUGCAAUAUGAGAUGA